CAUACAGUAGAGAAAAAAAAGUUCUCUUAUGUUUGCUAAAUUCUGACUAAAAAUGGGGAAUUGCAGAGAGAAGACAUGGCAAAGGGAAGUUACCAGAAGGCCAUUGUUUCACUUCAGAACCUCCUCAGUGAGAAGGGAGAACUGGAACCGGUUGCAGCAGAAAGAAUUGAUAAAAUCACAGCUGAAUUACAAACGACAUGCUUCAAAUCAGUCGACCCUGUUGACAGGAUCAAGACUGGCUUUUAUUAUUUCAAAACAGAGAUAUAUGAAACUGUUUGAUAAACUCAAGAAAGGACACGAACCCAAGUUUCUGGUGUUUGCCUGCUCCGAUUCACGAGUGAGCCCAUCUCAUGUGCUGAAUUUUCAGCUCGGUAAAGCUUUUAUGGUUCGAAACAUCGCCAACAUGGUCCCUCCUUACGACAAGACUAAGUACUCGGGAGUAGGAGCUAUAAUCGAAUACGCUAUUCUCCGUCUUAAGCGAUUUUAUUGAUAAUUGGGUGAAAAUUGGAUUACCUGACAAGGUGAAGGUUCUAGCUGAACAUGGGGACAAAACUUUUGAAGAGCAACUCAAAUACUGUAAGAUGGAAGCUGUGAAUGUAUCACUAGCCAAUUUACUGACAUACCCAUUUGUGAGCGAUGCUUUGGUGAAUAAGACUUUGGCGUUGAAGGGAGGUUACUAUAAUUUCAUUAAAGGAAGAUUUGAGCUCUGGGGAGUCAACUUUGGUCUUUUUGAUCCUUAUUAUAUAUGAACUCAAUACCACUAUUUUUGAGCCGGAGAAGAUACCUCUUGUUCUUGCUUUUUCUUGUUGUAUUCGUCAUUUAUGAGUGCUAGUUUAUAUUUCUAAAUAAAUAAAAGAGAAAGUGGACAAAGAUUCCCUCAUCAAUGGUAGAAAAGAAUCUGUUGUGAUUUUUAUUUGUAAUAAUAACUCCGCUCUGCAGAGAAAUAAUGUAUAAUGAUAAGCUUUAUUCUACUAGUGAUUUUUAUUUGUAAUAAUA